AUGCCUUGGAAUAUUCCCGUAGCAGUGAGUGCUGAAAAGGGCGAGGGACAGACGAGUGCAGAGAAUUUCUGCCUUUUGUCAAAGGUGUACAGUGUUGUUAUUGCCAUUAUUUUGACGGAGGCCAGUAGGAUAGCUGCAAGGGCGACCGCGCACAGCUGGGCCUCCCCGGGAGUUAAGGAAAGUUGGAGCAGAGUGCAACUAUAUGUACUGGUUCUACUUAGCCUGACUGUAAAUGUAGUCCUGAUUGCACUUGGAUAUGUAAUAAAGAAUAGAAGAGGCAAAACUUCGGUUGCCUUGCUGACUCAUGCGGGAUACUUCGUUGCAGACUUGGCGGCAACUGCUGCUUUAAUUACCCUCCUGAAGCGCCAAUCAUCUGGGAGAGUCAAUGCACUCCAAGUUUUUUGGGCCCCCUUCCUACUGUCGCACCUUGGCAGCACCGAAACCAUUGCUGCUAAUUUCUUUGACAAAAAGAAAUUGUUCCGAUUAUACACGCUAGGCCUGAUCAUCCAAAUCGGGAUAGCUUGUUACAUCUUCGGGAGGUUCGAAGGGGGAAGCGACAACACCUUGGCUCGCAUAGCCAUUCCUAUAACUAUAUCUGGGAUUAUCAAGUGCCUGGAACGGCUUUGCAUUCUCAGGUUCUCACGAUUCCAAGAUUUUACAAUUUCCACAUUAUCAGGAGUUCCCCCUAACAAGUUUAAACCCAAACCCGCGGGGGGGCAAAGUGAGCAGUCGUAUGAGCAGCUGGAUGAUCAUUUAGACCGGAAAUCCAUAAUUCCAGAAGCUAGGCAUCUCCAUCGAGCAUAUCUAUCAUUUAUGAUGUUCAUGCCACUCUUUUCAGAUAUCAAUGUCAGGAUUUACAAUACGUUGAGUGGCAUCUUCAGCCUGAAUAAAGAUGCAAAAGAGGCCUUCAACAUGGUAGACUUCGAACUAAAUUUAUUGUUCGACGUUCUUUACACCAAGACUAUUAUGCAUCAUGUUCUGCUAGGCUUCAUCCUUCGCUUCAUAUACUUCUUUCUUUCUACUGGAGCAUUAUUGGCCUUCCCAUAUGCUUAUGCUCACAAGCAGCAUCACUCUUCACCCGAAAUUAUCAUGACUUACAUGCUGCUGCUUGGAGAAUUUUUGGCGGAUGGCACUGCAGUCAUUUCACAUAUACUAUCCGGUUGGACAAUGCAGUGGUUGACCACUCCCACAAUUUGGGGGCGCCUCCCUAGGUGUGUCCGUCCAUAUAUUGCUUAUUGUAUGAAGUUCAAAAUGUCGAUGCAGGGCCAGGGAGUAAAUUACAUGGCACAGCACAGCCUCUUAAAUUAUUGCCUUAAGGCCAAGGUAAACAAGUUUAAUGCAGCCAUCAAGAAGCUAGUCGACGCCAAAAGGAUUUUAAAGGUGUUCUGGGACAUCCAGAAGCAUGCUUGGGUGGAUGUGAGACCUACUUGGGCCCUUGUGGAUCCUGGUUUAAAGGAACUCAUUCUCUCUCGUCUCCAAAAAAAACGUAAAAAAUAUGAUAAUGGAAAGUUCAAAUUCUCAUGUCUCUCAAAUUUAGUACAGAAAGGAGCUUCCGACGUGCUAAAAGAUAAAGGAAUUGAAAUCUAUGAAGAACUUCACUGGAGCUUAACCAAGGUAGAAUUUACCCACAGCCUCCUCCUUUGGCAUAUUGCUACGGAUAUUCUUUUCCAUUAUCAUAAAAGAAGAUAUCCGGGCAGUUGUAGUAGAAAUAACAACCAAAUUAGUAAGAAAUUAUCUGAUUACAUGAUGCACCUCCUUGUCAUGCAUAGCCAAGACUUGGCUCAAGUUGCCCCGACUUUGCUUGAACUUGACAAUAUUAAAUUUCAAGCUUUCUUCUCUGUCCCUGAGGGGGGAGGUGAAGGUGGGAAAUCAGUAUUCUUCAAAGGGUGUGAUCUUGCGAAGCAGUUGCAUUCUUUCACUGUGGAUGCAAGGUGGGAUCCUGAAGAGCUAUGGGAAAUGAUUAGCUGUGUGUGGUUGGAGAUGCUGUUUUCUGCGGCAUAUGACUGUGACUGGUAA